GUCUACUACGCAUGAAUCUUGAUAUAAAAAAAGAAAAUUCAAAAUUACAUAUGAGUAUUUCUUCUUCUUCUUCUUCUAUAUCUGAUAUGUGUAGCUCUACUCCACCUGAAGGUGAUUUUGAAAAUUUUAAUACUAUUUAUAUGGAUGAGGAAGAAGAUGAUUAUGACGGAAUAAGCAUUAAUAAUGGUGAAUUUGAAGAAGCCUAUAUUCAAUUAAAUAAUCAACGACAGCAAACCGUUUCUCAUACAACUAGUAAUAAUAAUAAUAAUAAUGAUUUAGUUAUACGCGAAGAAGUCGAGGAAGAUGAUAAUACUGACUUUCAUAGCUCUAAUAAUCACAGAGACCAACGGUCCACUCUUUCUUCAACAUCUCCUCCUAAAGAACAAAAGUCGUUUGAUGAUGAUAAUAAUAAUAAUACAUGUAAUCAUUCUUCUUCUUCUCCUGAUACUGCUUCCUCUUCAAGGUAUACUCCUAUACCUCCACACAACAAUGAAUCUGUUACUACUACUGAUCAACUUGGCUCUAAUAACAGAAUUAUGAAUAAACCAAGUCAUCCUCGUCGUCGUCAUCAUCCUUACAAAUCUCUUCUUUCUAUUAAAUUAAAAGUUUAUACAAGAAAAGGAGAAGAACAGCAACAAGUUGAACAUCAAGGAAGGAGAAAAAGAAAAAUUUUCAGUCAAUCUAUCAAUUUGAACCAAGAUGGAAGUGAUGUGAUUAUUAACGAUGCAGAUGAUAGUUUAAUGAAUAGGCAACUAAGAUAUAGCAUUAAGAGAAAGAAAGUAUCUAGUAAUAGUAUCAGUAGCAGCAGCAGCAGAAGCAGUAGUAGUAGUAGUAGUAGCAGUAGCAGUAGUAGCAGUAGCAAUAAUAGUAUGGAUAAAUUAAUGAAGCGGACAUUGUCACCUGUUAUGAUUGAAUAUUCGAGUUCGUUAAGAGUCAUCCUUACUGUAGCCUUGUUGGCUGCUACUAUUGCUUUUAUUGGCUUGGCUUUUUAUCUUACGGACUGUGCGUAUUCGCAUAAAAAGAAUAAUUAUGGUUUCCGUUUUUAACAUCCUUAUCCUUUUUCUUGUUCAUACCUUUUCUUUUCUCAUGUAUUUUGUUGAUAAAAUAAAUUUGCUUUAUUUUCAGAUAUA